AUGUCGAUAACGGUCAUUGCCGUCUGGAAUGGCGAUAUAACAAAAUUGCAGAUUGAUGCAAUUGUUAAUGCAGCGAAUAGUCGACUACUUGGCGGUGGAGGUGUUGAUGGAGCUAUACAUCGAGCAGCUGGUCCAGAAUUACUUGAAGAAUGUCGUAAAUUGAAUGGUUGCUGUGUGGGCGAAGCGAAGAUGACCAACGCUUAUAAUAUGACGCAUGUAAAAAAAAUUAUUCAUACAGUUGGGCCACAAAUUCGCAAUGAUGUUACAGAAGAAAACGAGAAGCAGCUGAAAUCUUGCUACAUUAAUUCAUUAGAUCUUGCUAGUAGAAAUAAUUUAAAAACCAUAGCUUUUCCGUGUAUCUCAACUGGCGUCUAUGGAUAUCCAAAUGAUAAGGCAUGCGACACUGUUGUAAAUGCAGUUAAGGAUUGGUUGAUACAUCAUGCAAACUCGGUAAGCUCUUUUUGA